CCGCGGUUAGAGAGACAUGAAGAAGCAUCUUGCUCUGCUCCCCGUCCUCGCCCUCCUCCUCUGCUCCAGCGUUUUGCUUCCCCUCGUACCUGGAGUCUUGCCACUCUGCACGGACUCGAGGCCCCACGUGGUGCGGAAUGUCACGGUCAAGUUCUGCCCGACGGACAGCGGCGCCGGCGCCGGCGCCGGCUGCUGCGACGCCGCCGACGAUGACGCGGCACGUGAGCGCUUCGACGCUAUGAAUGUGAAGCCGGGCGGCUCAUGCGAUCGUCACCUCAAGUCCAUCAUCUGUUCGAAAUGCAAUCCGUUCUCGGCUGAUCUGUUUGGCAUUGGGUCUACCGCACGCACAGUUCCUCUCUUGUGCAGCUCUUCCUCGGCACCAAAUUAUUCUCAACCUGAGGACCACAGAGGGGACUAUUGUGAGCAAGUUUGGAAAGAUUGCAAAAGCACACCAAUAUCUAAUUCCCCCUUUCAGCCAAGAAAUACUGCGCUUACUGGUUCAGCUUCAAUGCUUACUGAUUUUUUUCAAUCAGAAAAUGACUUCUGUAUGUCACUUUCCGGUACACCAAACAACCAGUCAGUAUGCUUCAAUGGGCAUGGGGUCUCAUUUAACACUAGGAGGAACUCUUCGCCACCUCCUACUGGGAUUUGCCUUGAGAAGAUUGGUAAUGGGUCCUACCUUAAUAUGGUUCCUCACCCUGAUGGGUCCUCCAGCAAAGCCUUCUUCUCCAGACAAGAUGGGAAGAUAUGGUUGGCUACUGUUCCUGAACAAGGAAUGCAAGAAGGUCUGCAAAUUGACGUGACAAGCCCAUUUCUUGAUCUUUCGACUGAAGGUCACCUCAGUUCGGACCUUGGACUCGUGGGUGUAGCGUUUCAUCCGGAUUUUGCAAACAAUGGGCGUUUCUUUGUUUCAUACAUUUGUGAUGGAACUCAGUCACCCAACUGCGCUGGUAGGUGUUCGUGUGAUCAGGAAGUGGAGUGUGAUCCCUCAAAGCUCGGCUCUGAUAAUAAUGGUGCACACCCUUGCCAGUACCAUCUACUUAUCUCAGAGUAUUCUGCGGAAGGUUCACCAUCGAGCUUUUCUGAGGCAACAUAUGCCGAUCCAUCAGAAGUCAGAAGGGUAUUUUCAAUGGGGCUGCCAUACGUUUCUAACCAUGCCGGUCAGCUUCUUUUUGGACCUACCGAUGGAUACCUAUACAUUUUCACGGGAAAUGGUGGCAUAAGAGGAGACCCUUUCAACUUCUCCCAGAAUAAGAAGUCACUCUUGGGAAAAAUCAUGAGGCUCAAUAUUGAUGAUCUACCACAGCUGAAUGAAAUUGCUAACCUAAGCUUAUGGGGUAAUUAUACUAUACCAAAGGACAAUCCCAAUGCUGAUGAUAGCAGCUUACGACCAGAGAUUUGGGCCAUGGGUCUUGAAAACCCUUGGAGAUGCAGCUUUGACUCCGGGAGGCCUUUCCACUUGUACUGUGCAGAUGAUGUCCAGGACCAAUACAAAGUGGUAGAUUUGAUAUCCAAGGGGGGCAACUAUGGGUGGAUUGGUGUGUAUGAGGACCAGCAUGUUGGCUAUCCACCGUGGGCUGCUCAAGUAAUCAAACCUACACAAGGCAUCGUUUUCCCCAUAAUGGGCUAUAAGGUUUCUUCUUCUAACCCUGAGAAUAGCAUGGAAUCUGCAUCAAUAGUUGGUGGAUAUGUGUACCGUGGGUCUGCCGAUCCUUGCUUGUAUGGAAGGUACUUAUUUGCUGACAUGUACACGUCUGCCAUGUGGACCGGCACUGAUGACAAUGGUAAAUAUACCUCUUCUUCCAUUCCAUCGAGGUGUUCCAAGAAGACACCAAUUCUCUGCGAUGAAUCUGCCAAUGGCCCUCUUGGCCCUAUAUCUUCGUUUGGCGAGGAUAACAAUCUAGACGUCUUCAUCCUGGCCAGCCAAGGCGUCUACCGUAUUGUCCAGCCUACCCUAUGCGGCUAUGCUCAUCUAAAUUCCGCACCGACGGACGGAGUGACACCUUCCGGUGGCAGCAAUGGGAUGUCAGCAUCGAUGAAAGCACUGGUGGCUUCUGUGCUGUCGGUUUUGGCUGCAGCUGUGGCCGGCGUGGUAGCUUGGAGGUGUUACUUCAACAACACAGCCUUUUGCUGCAACGGGAAUGUCCAGGUGACCAAUAACAGCACAAUGCACGGAGAUGGUCCUGCAGCAAAACCAGGUGACAUUGAAUUCGCUAUGCCUAAGCCUCAAGAGCGUCCAGGUCGCUAGAUAGACACUCUGUUUAUGGUCUCGAUCCAGUUUGUAUUGAGUAUCAGUGUAUGCUAGCUACAGCGUUCUUUCGUUGAACAACACGUACGUACAUACGUAGUAUUUCAUUGUUGCGUCCUUUUCUAUUUUUUAUUAUUUACUUCUGAGAAACAUUUGAAGAGUUGUAUAAAUAUAUUUGGAAUCUGAAAUAAGGAACUGAAUUUGUAUGAGA